AUGCUGUACCGCAACGCCGCUGCCCGCUCCGCGCUCCGCGCCCUCCAGAGCUCCAAUGUCUCUGUGGCUCGCUCUUCCCUGGGUAACCAGAUCUUCAAGGCCCAGAUGACCUCCUCUGCCCGCAAUGCGAUCCGUCCUUCCGUCUCGCCCAGCUUCGCGCUCGCCGCUCGCAAGCCCGUCACCACUGCCCUUGUGCGCCACUCUUCCUCUUCCGCCAAGGAUGACGACGACGUUGACGUUAUGGCCGGUAUGAAGUCCGAGGCUAAAGUCAUCAAGGAGACUUUCAGCUUGAACGACGUUCCCAAGGAGGCUCUCUACCUCGGUAUGGCUGGUGUCGUUCCCUACGUCGCGACCUCGCUCCAGUCUGCUUUCCUCUCCUACGAGAUCAGCCGCGCUGCUUCUCUCGGUGAUGGACUCAUCUUCUCCGGCCAGUCCGCUGAGCUGAUGCUGCACAUGCUCGAGCCCAUCCAGGUCGGCUACGGCGCUGUGAUCCUCUCCUUCCUCGGUGCCGUCCACUGGGGUCUUGAGUGGGCUGGCUACGGCGGCAAGUUCGGCUACCGCCGUUACGCCGCCGGUGUGGUCGCCCCCGCUGUGGCCUGGCCUACUCUGCUCUUCCCCGUCGAGUACGCUCUGAUCUCCCAGUUCAUGGCCUUCACCUUCCUGUACUACAACGACGCCCGCGCUGCCGCCGCCGGCCGUGCCCCCCCACUGAAGAUCCAGCAGGUCAUCACCUCUGAGCACACCAUCAAGGACAAGAUCAACGCUCUAAUCUUCCUGCAGAAGAAGGAGAAGGAGGAGGCUGACGCUCGCCGCCGUGGUGAGAUUGAGGAGUCCGAGUAA